AUGAUAUUCACACCAGAAAACAUUAAGAAGCUCCAAGAUAUAGUUGUGGUGGUGUACAAGGGAAAGCACGGAAACUACGAGGUAGCAGCCCACCCGAAGAAGCUCUAUGAGUACAGAAGGCAGACUGCAUCUUUGGACGAAGUCCUAUGGACCGAGAGCAUAUUCUCAGAUAUAAGCAAGGGGAAGCUUGCAGGCAAGAAAAGCGUGCAGGAUGAGUUUGGCAAGGACCAUGGCAAAGCGCUAGAGGAAAUUCUAAAACUAGGAACUGAGAGAAAGGACAGUGCAACCCGGGAGUACGAGCAAGAGAACUCAAAGAAGGCUAUGGCAGAGGGAAUUAUCCACAGAAUGCGAAAAGAGGGCGGGGAGGUUCUAACACAUGCUGAGGCUGAGGGUGUUCUACGAAAAAUAAACUACACACCAAGCGGAAAGCCCAUGAAAAUACAGCUGUCAGAUGUUCUGAAAAAAACCGUUCUUCUUGGGUACGUUAGAAGGAAAAUACGGGCCAGAGUAGCUAAAAGGCUGGACUGGUCUGCAAUUACAUCUGCUCUUCCCAUAGGCUCGUUUCUUAGGGAAAUAGAUGCAACUGGUAUCAUAGAAAUGUCGGAUGACUUGUAUGGCGCAGUCCACAGACAUGCAGAGUCUCACAAUGCAGAGAUUGAAGACUUGCCGGAUAUUGAAGAUGCGGAGGUGGAAAUAUAA